AGUGUUGUCGCAGCGACCUAAUAUACCUUGAUAGCCACGCCUCCUACGUUAAAAAUCUAAAACCCCACCCCAAAUCUCUUGCAUCUCUAAUGCUAGUCUGGAAUGACAAACAGGACACUAACUUUACAUUCAUUUGAAUUUGGGAGCUCGGAUAUCGUUUAACGCCCUGGCAAUCGACUAAUUGGAUUUUGAGUUUUCUCUUGCCAUAUAUUUUUUUUUCUUUGUUUUGUGCGUGGACAUUUUUGAACGCCUGCCUGGUGAUAAUGCCCAGUAGUGUUGCCAACGAAGGCUACAAGUUUCAGAGCAGCCGCAGUAGCCCAAGCGGCUCCCCGGCAACAGUUCCUGACGACGUUGAGGUUGUGGACGAGGCACUCACCCUGCUGCAACUGGAGACUCAAACAAUUCCCCAGGAUGUUGCUGUGCCGGCUCGGAGCAGAGCGGGAUGGCAGAUUAAAGGUUCCUCACUGUCCCUCAAUACGCACAAUCGCAUUCGUAAUAUUGUCGAAUCGCUGAAGAUUAAUCCGAAUCCACAGAAGCCCAUGAUACCGUUGUCCAUAGGCGAUCCCACCACAUUUGGUAAUCUGAAGGCCGCCGAUGAAACGAUGAAGGCGGUGAUGAAAUCCCUGGAGAGCGGCAAGUUCAAUGGCUAUGCCCAUACUCAGGGGCACGAGGCGUCGCGUCAGGCGGUGGCCAAGUAUAGUGCUCAUCAACGGCCGAAUGGGGUGAUCGAUCCAAGUGAUAUCAUGCUCUGCAGCGGCUGCUCCUCGGCACUCGAGUAUUGCAUAUUGGCGUUGGCCGAUCGCGGCCAGAACGUGCUCGUGCCGCGGCCAGGCUUCUGUUUGUACUAUACACUUGCCGAGGGCUUGAACAUUGAGGUGCGCUACUAUGACCUGUUGCCGGAGCAGCAGUGGCGCGCUGAUCUUGUCCAGCUGGAGAGUCUCAUCGAUGAGAAUACGGCCGCAUUGCUAAUCAACAAUCCAAGCAAUCCGUGUGGCAGCGUCUUCGACAAAGCCCAUCUGCAGGAACUAGUUAACAUUUGCGAGCGCCAUUAUCUGCCCAUCAUUGCCGAUGAGAUAUAUGAACACUUUGUGUUCCCAGGCUCGCGACACGUGGCGGUCAGCAGUCUGACGCGGGAGGUGCCUGUGCUGUCCUGUGGCGGGCUGACCAAACGUUUUCUGGUACCUGGCUGGCGUAUGGGUUGGAUUAUCGUGCACGAUGAUCAGCAACGUCUGGGAACUGCCAAGUCCGGGCUCAAGAACAUGUGUGGACGCAUCCUUGGCAGCAAUACGAUCAUUCAGGGCGCACUUUCUGAUAUACUUACCAAAACGCCACAGAGCUACUUUGACGGAGUGAUCGAUGUGCUCUAUUCAAAUGCUCAACUCGCCUACAAUUUGCUUAAGCCGGUGCUGGGACUGAAACCCGUAAUGCCCAACGGAGCCAUGUACAUGAUGGUUGGUGUCUGCAUCGAGCGUUUUCCGGCCUUUAAGGAUGACACACACUUUGUGCAGGAGUUGGUCAACGAGCAGAGUGUGUUUUGUCUGCCCGGCAGUUGCUUCGAAUUUCCGGGAUAUGUGCGCAUUGUGCUCACGGUACCACGCAACAUGAUCGAGGAGGCCUGUGUCCGCAUCGCUGAGUUCUGUGAGGCGAACUACAAGAAGGAUAACCAAGCACUGAUCGAGGAAAGCCUGCUAGACGAUGCCCAUGUGCACUACUAGGACUCGGUUGUGGAUUGUGGACCGUGGAAUAUGGGAUGGAAUAACAUAAAUGGGAACUAGAAUUGGAACCAUUAUUGAAACUGGGGAGCAAUUUAUUUAUUAGAUGCCCUAGGCUACAGUUUCUCGGUUUCUAUACAUACAUACAUUUAUAAGUACAUAUAUAUUUCAAUAAAAACCUAUACGUAUAAUAUAAGGAGUAUUGUCUUGACAAAUUUUUUGUGGAAUUGAAACACACAGACGCAUAAGAGUUUGAAAGAGUCCAAGAGUCAUUUACAAAGAAAGCUAUAUGUGUUUUAAAAAUGUUUAAACAACUUUUUGUUUAGCUUGAUCGGUUAUACAUAAGUGGCAAUAUAUGUAUGUAUGUGAACAGCACAAGCGUUCGAUCUGCAUAAAUAAAUAAGCACUAGCAGUUUUCUGCAUGUA